AAAACAAUACUUAUUGAGCUUUCCUUUUUGGUUUCUCUCCUCGUUCUCAAAAUCAAAGCAGGAAUCUGUCUGCGAGUGGGAGAGAGAGAGAGAGCCCUCUCUAAAACCCUAUUUAAAGAGCUCCUCUCUUGCCUCCUCCUUCCUCAUUCACAAAUCUCUUUCUCGACUCUCUUUAAAAACCUAAUCACCAAAACAAAAAGCUUCCUCCUUUUUACUCUCCUCGGUUCCAUCGUUCUCUAAAUCCGAAUUCAGAUUUUCAAUCUGAUCGAAAAGGGGAUUAGAUAAUGGCUGCUGCGGAGGAAGGAGGUGCUGUUGUUCACAGUGCUCCUCACGAAGUACUCUCUGAGGCUUUUGUUGAACAGUACUAUUAUAUAAUGGGAAGCGCCACUCAUGAAGCUCAUAGGCUUUAUGUUGAUGGUAGCGUUGUCACCAGACCAGGAGGUCCUGAUGGUACCAUGCUCUCUUUUACUUCCCUCGAGGCUAUCAAGGAGCACUACCUUACCAGUGAAUACAAGGGAAAUACAUACGAUGUGCUUAGUGUUGAUUCUCAGAGGUCGUUGCAAGAUGGGAUAAUAAUCAUGGUUGUUGGUUUCUUGACUGGUGGAGACAACCUCAAGAGGAAGUUCUCCCAGACGUUCUAUCUGGCGCCUCAGGACAAGGCCCAUGUUGUCGUCAAUGACAUGUAUCGUUUCGUUGAUGAACAAGAGUCUUCCCCUCCAACUCUUGUUGAAUCUGAAGUGGCGAAGCCAGUUGAUGUGAUAAGCAAGACCGAGCUGGUCCACAUGGUCGAUGCUCCUGCCAAGAAGUCUGUUAAUACUGCUGAGGUCAAGAAGGUUGUUGCUGCUGAAGCUACUCCUCCUCCUCCGGUUACUGCUCAAAAACCUAAAGAGCCAAUUGCUGAAACUGCUGCUGCUGCUGCUGCUGCUGAUGGAGCCAAGAAAUCGUAUGCUGCGAUGGUUCAAUCAAUGUUGAGGAACGCUGCUCCCUUCCAAGUUAAAGCAGCCCCCGCCGUUCAGAAACCUAAAACCAUGGCACCAUCCAAAGGGCGUGCAGCUCCAGCACCUGCUGCUUCUGCUGUUGGUAAACCUGAAAAGAAAAGUGACCAGAGGAUCGUCGACGAACCAGGAACUUCGGUAUUUGUGUCAAAUCUGCCAAUGGAUGCAAAGGCACCUCAGCUCUAUGAACUGUUCAAGGCUUUUGGCCCUAUCAAAGAAGGUGGAGUUCAAAUCAGAAGCUCCAGGGCUAGUGGAAGAUGCUUUGGUUUUGUCUCCUUUGAAUCUGUUGCAUCUGUCCAGAGCAUGCUUAAGGCUGCCAAGAGCAAUCCCUUCAAGCUUGGGGAGCAUAAGCUUCGUGUAAAAGAAAAGCAAGUUGAGUAUGAUGGAAGCAAACAGUCUGGUGGGAGAAGUGGAGGUGGAGGAAGCAAGGCACAGAAUGGCUCUGUAGAGGAUAGCAAGACUCCGACUGGUUCUGUUGUAGAGGAGAGCAAGACACCGACUGGUUCUGCAGAUGGAAGCAAGUCUGAGAAUGGUUCUUCUGCAGGUGGUGGGGAAGAUGAUGAUGGCUUCAAGACUAUCAGAAACCGUAAGAACAGAAACAAGAAAAACAGUGAAGUAGCUCCUAAGGUCAAAGCUUGAUAUAAUCUCCCUCACCUCCUCUGCAAAACACCAACAAGUACAAGAAAGAGUGUUAGAGUUUUCAAAGCCUUUUGAUAGAUAAUUAAAUUGGUUUAAAGAGAGAUAAGGGAAGAGAUUUGCAACUUGAGAUAAAUUUUUCAGACAUUACAGAUUUACAUCUCUUUUACUUGUUUAGGUCUUUUUUUUUCUUUCUUACUCAUGGAACUCAUCAUAGUUGUUCUGUUGUUUUUUGUUUUCUUUGUCUUUUCACCAGACAAAUUUCUAUUUGCAAUUUCUUAUAUUUUCUUAAUGUUCUUAA